CACAGUUUAUUUUGAUGGAGGGUUGGCUUAACGUUCAAUUUGGUAAUCUGUGAUUAGAAAUGGAGAUUAAAGUGUUCAGUGUCGUAUGUAUGUGGCUUACAACAUCGAUGGUAAAUGGUGACCUGUUCACAAAAGCCACGAAGAGUAAGACCCUUGAAGAGGAGAAGGACGUGCGGAACAGUGUGUUUGACUUCAUCAUCGUGGGCGGAGGAACUGCCGGCUGCGUGCUGGCUAACAGACUCUCUGCCAACCCUGAGUGGAAGGUACUGGUACUAGAAGCUGGUCAAGAAGAGAACAUAGACUAUGACAUUCCCGGUGUCCCCACAAAGGAGUUUCGACCAAUACUCUGGAACUAUAGAACUGAGAGGAACGGGUUUUCCUGUUUAUCGAGACCUGGAGGCAGCUGUGAGGUUAAAACUGGCAAGGUCUUAGGAGGAUCCAGUGUAGUGAAUGAUAUGAAGUAUACUCGAGGGUCCAAGAAAGAUUUUGAUGCUUGGCACAGUAAUGGGGAGAUAGGAUCCCUUGAAUGGAAGUUUGAGAAUCUGGUAGAACAUUUCAAGACCUCAGAGGACAAUGGUGAUUAUGACAUUCUAAUGAAUUCAUUCUAUCAUUCCCGAGGAGGAGAAAUGCACGUCCAAAGAUUCAAACACAUGGAUCGUCAUAUGGAGCAAUUUCUAGGAGCAUUUGCAGAAAUGGGCUUCCGUUCGAUUGAUAUCAACACGAACGUACCGGAAGCGGCUAUUAACAACCAAUUUGUAAUAUCCAAUAAUACUAGAUUAAGUACAAAUACUGCUUUUCUAAAACCCGUAAGAAAUAGGAAGAAUUUAAUAGUCAAGACCGGAGCUAUGGUUACAAAACUGAUUAUUGAUAAUCAAGAAAAAGCUGUGGAUGGAGUUUUAUAUGAAGUUGAAAAAGGGAAAGAGCAACAGGCAUAUGCAAAGAAGGAAACUAUUUUAACAGCGGGUGCAAUUAAUAAUGUAAGAUUAUUACAUUUAUCGGGAAUAGGACCAAAAGAUGAAUUAUCUAAACAUAAUAUAUCUGUGUUCAUUGAUCUCCCCGUUGGUGCUAAUUAUCAAGAUCAAGUCACAACAGGUGGGUUAGCUUUUUCACUUGGUGAAAUUGUUGUUGAUGAAAAUCAAAUAAUAGAAGACUUUAAGACGUGGUUCCAAAAUCGGGGCGGACCACUCGCCUCAAGAGGAAUCAAUCAAAUAUCAGCAUUCAUUCAACUAUUUGAAAAUAAAAACGGCCCCAAUGUAGAGUUAGCCCUGGAAGGGAAUUAUAUUAGAAGUGAUAAGUUCAUGCUCACAAAUGUAAGUGUGCACACAGCAGAAGAAUCCAGCUUACCCUUACCAUACUAUAAUUUAGUAAAUAUAAAUCCAGUACUACUGAAACCAAAAAGUAAGGGCAAAGUGACAUUAAAUAAAAGAAAUCCAAAAUAUGGUCGACCUGUAAUUCAAGCAAAUCUGUUAAAGGAAUCCGAAGAUUUAGAUGCGUUAAUCGAUAGUGUUGACAUUGCAUUACAACUUCUGAAUACAAAGGAACUAAAAAAGGCUGAAGUAAAAUUAGCUCCACUAGAUUUAUUUCCUUGCGACAGAUUACAGAACAGAGAUCAGUGGAAUUGCAUAGCAAGACAUUAUACUAAAGCCUUAGGAAAUCCUAUAGGAACGUGUCGUAUGGGAGGAAAUAGGACAAAUUCGGUGGUGAAUUAUGAUCUCAAAGUUUAUGGCAUUGAAAGACUGAGGAUCGUCGAUGCAUCUGUGAUGCCGACACACGUACGAGGUGGGAUUUUUGCUCCUACGGUAAUGAUUGCAGAGAAGGGCAGUAAAAUAAUAAAAAAAGACUGGAAAGAAAAUAAAGGUAAUUUCCUAAGAAGAUAG